GCCUGGCGCCCUAGCGGAGCCUGGACAGCGCGGCCACCUGCGCGUGGACCGCGAAGAGCGCACUCGCGAUGCGGCGCGGCGCCGCCUUGGCGCUGCUGCUGGCCGCGGUGCUGGGGCUCGGGGCGCGCAGGGCGCGCGGCGCCGUGGCGCUCUCCGACUUCUACCCUUUCGGCACGGCCCGCGGAGAUGCCGUGACCCCGAAACAGGACGACGGCGGCUCGGGGCUGCGGCCGCUCUCCGUGCCCUUCCCCUUCUUCGGCACCGAGCACUCCGGCCUCUACGUGAAUAAUAACGGAAUCGUCUCCUUCCUGAAGGAGGUCUCUCAGUUCACACCCGUCGCCUUCCCCAUCGCCCAGGACCGCUGCGUGGUGGCGGCCUUCUGGGCAGAUGUGGACAACCGCCGCGCAGGUGACGUGUACUACCGAGAAGCUACCGAUGCGGCCACGCUGCACAGAGCCACCGCAGACAUCAGGCAAUACUUCCCCGAGCUUGCGAACUUCUCGGCCACUUGGGUUUUCAUCGCCACGUGGUACCGAGUGACCUUCUUUGGAGGCAGCUCCUCCUCCCCUGUCAACACCUUCCAGAUCAUUCUUAUCACUGAUGGCAAGGUCUCCUUCACCAUCUUCAACUAUGAGUCCAUCACCUGGACCACGGGCACGCAUGCCAGCAGCGGGGGUGAUGCCACUGGCCUGGGGGGCAUCGCAGCCCAGGCAGGCUUCAAUGCGGGUGAUGGGCGACGCUACUUCAACAUCCCAGGCUCACGCACAGCAGACAUGGCCGAGGUGGAGGCCACCACCAAUGUGGGCGUGCCCGGGCGCUGGGCGUUCAGAAUCGAUGAUGCCCAGGUGCGCGUGGGGGGCUGCGGCCAUACAACCUCCGUGUGCCUGGCCCUGCGCCCGUGCCUCAACGGCGGCAAGUGCAUUGACGACUGUGUCACUGGCAACCCCUCCUACACCUGCUCCUGCCUUGCGGGCUUCACAGGGCGGAGGUGCCAACUGGACGUGAAUGAAUGCGCCUCUCAUCCGUGUCAGAAUGGUGGUACCUGCACUCACAGUGUCAACAGCUUCAGCUGCCAGUGCCCAGCCGGCUUCCGGGGCCCCACCUGUGAGUCAGCCCAGUCCCUGUGUGAUAACACAGAGUGUCAGAACGGCGGCCAGUGCCAGGAUGAACGUGGCUCUGCAGUGUGUGUGUGCCAAGCCGGAUACACAGGGGCCUCCUGCGAGACAAACGUGGACGAGUGCAGCUCUGACCCAUGCCUCAACGGAGGGGCCUGUGUGGACCUGGUGGGGAAUUACAGCUGUGUGUGUGUGGAGCCCUUCACUGGACCCCGCUGUGAGACAGGAAGCCACCCAGUGCCUGAUGCUUGCUUCUCAGCGCCUUGCCAGAAUGGAGGCACCUGUGUGGAUGCGGGUCCGGGCCACGUGUGCGAGUGCCCUGAAGGCUUCAUGGGCCUGGACUGCAGAGAGAGAACCCACAAUGACUGUGAGUGCCGUAACGGAGGCAGAUGCCUGGGCUCCAACACUACUCUCUGCCAGUGCCCCCCAGGCUUCUUUGGGCUCCUCUGUGAAUUUGAGGUGACAGCCACACCUUGCAACAUGAACACCCAGUGCCCGGAUGGGGGCUACUGCAUGGAAUACGGUGGAAGCUACCUGUGUGUCUGCCACACGGAUCACAACAUCAGCCACUCCCUGCCAUCUCCCUGCGACUCGGACCCUUGCUUCAACGGAGGCUCCUGUGACGCCCACGAUGACUCCUACACGUGCGAGUGCCCGCGUGGGUUCCACGGCAGGCACUGCGAGAAAGCCCGGCCACACCUAUGCAGCUCGGGGCCCUGCCGGAAUGGGGGCACGUGCAAGGAGGCAGGUGGCGAGUACCACUGCAGCUGCCCCUACCGCUUCACCGGGAAGCACUGUGAGAUUGGGAAGCCAGACUCAUGUGCCUCAGGCCCCUGUCACAACGGGGGCACUUGCUUCCAUUACAUCGGCAAAUACAAGUGUGACUGUCCCCCAGGCUUCUCUGGGCGGCACUGUGAGAUAGUUCCAUCCCCUUGCUUCCGGAGUCCGUGUUUGAAUGGGGGCACCUGUGAGGACCUGGGCACAGAUUUCUCCUGUCAUUGCCAAGUAGGGUACACAGGACGCUGGUGCCAGGCAGAGGUGGACUGUGGCCAGCCUGAGGAGGUGGAACAUGCAUCCAUGCGCUUCAAUGGGACUCAUGUGGGCUCUGUGGCCCUGUACAUGUGUGAUCAUGGCUACAGCCUAAAUGCCCCCCACCACUUCCGUGUCUGCCAACCACAGGGUGUCUGGAGCCAGCCUCCUCAGUGUCUCGAAGUGGACAAGUGCCAGUCUCAGCCCUGCCUGAAUGGGGGCUCCUGCCAGAGUCACACCACUGGGUAUCAGUGUCUCUGCAGUGCAGGGUACGAGGGAGCCCACUGCGAGCUGGAGACAGAUGGGUGCCGGGCACAGCCUUGCAAAAACAGGGGCUCCUGCAUGGACCUCCCAGGGGCUUUCAUCUGCCAGUGCCCCAUGGGCUUCGUUGGAGUCCACUGUGAGACAGAGCUAGAUGCCUGUGAUUCCAGCCCCUGCCUGCAUGGAGGCCGCUGUGAGAAUGGUGGCGGGGCCUACUUGUGUGUCUGCCCAGAGGGCUUCUUCGGCUAUCACUGCGAGACAGUGAGUGACCCCUGCUUCUCCAGUCCCUGCGGGGGUCGAGGCUAUUGCCUAGCCAGCAACGGGUCCCACAGCUGUACCUGCAAGGUGGGCUACACAGGCAAGGACUGCGGCACAGAGCUCCUCCCACCAACGGCCCUCAGGGUGGACAGAGUGGAGGAGAGCGGGGUCUCCAUCUCCUGGAGCCCCCCCAACAGCCCCACCGCUAGGCAAGUGCUGGACGGCUAUGCGGUCACUUAUGCCUCCUCGGAUGGCUCCUACCGCCGCACUGACUUUGUGGACAGGAGCCAUGCCUCACACCAGCUGCGGGCCCUGGCACCUGGCCGGGCCUACAACAUCUCUGUCUUCUCGGUCAAGCGCAACACCAACAACAAGAACGACAUCAGUCGGCCAGCAGCACUGCUCACCCGCACUCGACCCCGCCCCGUGGAGGACUUUGAGGUCACCAACAUGACAGCCAGCACGGUCUCAGUGCGCUGGGCGCUGCACAGGAUCCACCAUGCCGCUGCCAGCAGGGUGCGGGUGUCCAUUCUCCACCCAGGGGCUCCUGAGGCCCAGGCCACCGAUGUGGACAGGAGUGUAGACCAACUCACGUUUGGGGCCCUGCUGCCAGGAAGGAAGUACACCAUAUGGGUGGCUACCCUCAGUGGGCCAGGGGGUGCAGAGCAACCCACCGAGAGCCGGGCCUCUGCACUGCUGCACGUGUGGACCCGGCCCCUGCCACCAGCAAACCUGACUGCCUCCCGUGUCACAGCCACUUCUGCCCACAUGGUCUGGGAUGCCCCAACACCAGGAGUGUCACUGGAGGCUUAUGUCAUCAAUGUGACCACCAACCAGAGCACCAAGAGCCGCUACGUCCCCAAUGGGAAGCUAGUGUCUUACACGGUGCGUGACCUGCUGCCUGGGCGGCGGUACCAGCUCUCGGUGACAGCUGUGCAGGGUACAGAACAGGGCCAGCUGCACAGUGAGCCUGCACACCUCUACAUCAUCACAUCCCCCAGGGACAGCACUGACAGACGCUGGCACCAGGGAGGACACCAUACCCGGGUGCUCAGGAACAGGCCGCCCCCAGUGCGCCUGCCUGAGCUGCGCCUGCUCAACGACCGUAGCUUCCCUGAGGCACCAACCCAGCAACCCAGGUUCCUGGAGCUUGUGGAUGGAAGGAGACGAGUGAGCGCCAGGUUUAGUGGCCCGCCCAACAAACUGAUCACCUCAAGACCACAACCCACCAGCCUGGUGUCACCUGAGAACACGGAGGAAGCCCCUGAGCAGGUCCACCUGGCCCUCCAGCUCCCUGAACUCAGCGACAAGGAUAUAGAACGUGCCCGGGGAAGUUGCUUAGAGGAUACUUGUCACAAUGGAGGCACCUGCGUGCCUGGCACUGACACCUACAGCUGUAACUGUGGGCCGGGGUUCAAAGGCAGACGCUGUGAGCUCGCCUGUGAAAAGGUGCCUCGCCCCUGCACGAGACUGUUCUCGGAGACAAAGUCCUUUCCGGUCUGGGAGGGAGGCAUCUGCCACCACAUGUAUAAAAGAGUCUACAAAGUUCACCAAGAUGUCUGCUUCAGAGAGCUCUGUGAAAGCACGAGCCUCAAAACCCCAAACAGCAAACAAAGUAACAGUCAAACACUGAAGAAACCUUAAGGUAUGUUACUCCACCAGUCUGAGAGCUGCUGGCCAGAGGGAAAGGCGGGUCCACCUGUCCCAGGCCAAGCACUGCGGCUCCUCUUGGCACUGCCUCAGCAAGCAAGCAGGCGCUGCUGUACAACCCUGACCAGAGGCUGUGGAAUACCAGCAGAACCUGGUCAGCCUCAGAAACAGUCUUCUUCAGGCAGAAAUAAGUCCCACUCUCUCAAGGGGAAGGAGAGCAGCUGGAAGGGGGCCCCUCAGGGAGGCUGAAGACUGCCCAGAAGACCAACUGGACGCCUGGAGGGAAUUCAGAGUAGGUGGUGGGAGGGUGAGGAGGGCUGAGACCCUGGGGUACCAGAAGAGCAUCACACUGUGUGUGGCAUUGUGCUGGAAGGAAAGUGGCCUGGGGCCUUGGUCACAGAACAUCUGGGAGGUCCUGAAGACAGCAGACACUGGUAUUCCUUGCAUCAUGAACCCUGAAAUCAAAGAAAUGCUACCUUUGCUUGAUCAGGCAUUUCCCAGCUCUUCUGGCAGAUAAACCUCUGCAUCCCCUCACCUUCCUGCACACACGGCUCUGCUGAUUCCUAAAGAGCAUUAUUUACAACUGAUUGAAAAAUACUGGCUGGGGCCACAGAAACUGACCUGCAGUCUGCAGCCGGCUCUAUAUUGAACUUCUCAGCCACAUGAUGUCACUAGGAUGAAAGCCUGGAGCCUCCAGCAGCAGCCUGUGCCACCCCUGGACAAGCUGGCCUUGCAGGGCGUGAGUCUCUUCUGUCAGGAGCCAUCUCAGGCACAGCCUCUUUUCUUCCAUAGCCAAGGAGGUAAAAGGGAGAUAUCCCUCAAAGGCAGCAAAGACCAGCCAGAACCAAGGAGGCUUUUGGGAUUGUCACACACCAACGAGGGGUCUACAUCAAUGGGGCACGCUGGGUAUAGCUCCACGGGCAUCAGAAUAAACUCUGAGAGGAGGCCUGUGAGGCAGCGCUAACACAGCCAGGCUGCUUCAGAUGUGCAGUCUGUCAAGAGCAGCUGGUAGCACUCAAUUAUGUCCCCUCCCCUCUCACCACAGCCUCUGAAGACACACACAAAAUACUCCAAGGUGUGCAAGCAACGGAGUCCUGGUCGGGACCAAGAAUUCACAAACCUCCUCAGGGCUUGAAAUAUUUCAUGGUAAAGCACCUGAAAUAUUAAUGUGUAUCUUUUAAAACCAGCAAUGUUUCUAUAAAACUAUGGGGACCCCCAAUUAAUUAUCAAAUACUGACUUAAGAACUUUUAUUUUGAAACAAUGAGAAAACUAUAAAGAGGAAACGAACACCUUCACCAGACACCAAUCUAAGAACAAUACAAAAAUUCUUUUCAAUCCAGAGACCUAACAUCACCAAGGGGAAGAGGGUAGAGAAGAGUAGCCUGUGGAACCAGUGGAAGCCUCGAGGCUGAGCACAGGUAGCCUUGAAGUCAGGGUGAGUCUGGGCCACCACUCACUGCCCUCUGCACCACAGCCAGAUUGGAAUGCUGACACUGGAACAGUAUGGGUCCUCUAGGGGACAGUGCCUACAGCCUCCAGAGAAAGACAGUCAUGUAGAAAGGAGGGAAUGUGCUGUCUUCCUCACGCCUCAGUCCAUUUUUCCUUCAAGGAUUUGGGAUGUGCCUCUCACCUUCUACCCACCUCAGGAGUUUGUAAAACCCAGAAAGAGGUGGUCUAACAACUGGACCAUAAAGACCCGUGGAGACAGGGUUCUGGGUGGAGUCUGCGCCUUCUGUAACCUCCAGAAAACAUAGUACCACACACAUACCAGCAUACCUGGGGACUCCUCCAGGAGCAGGGAGGCACCCAAAGCCCCUAUAACCUAACCCAGGGUGUGGUUUCCCAGAGGUGUAUGCCCAGGUGGAGAUGGUAAGCAGUGCACCCAGGAUAGCAGGGCUUCUGUGGUAAUGCUUCUGCAGUACUCAGAAAUCAGCUCUCAAGACUCCAAUUUCAGAGACAAACCUGCCUUGAUCCCCACCACAUGGCGGAGACAAGACCUCUACCAGCUUCCAAAACCUAGACUGAUAAGAUGCACAAGAAUAGAGGUGAGGGAGGCAACCCAUUCCAUGCCUCUAGUUUUGAUGAAAGAGACAAUGUUUAUCACUGCUAAGUGUAGCUUAGGCAGUUUUAAUCUAUACAUGGGUUGGCACUUUUUCUAUAAAGCUUCAGGUGGUUUUUUAGGCUUUGCAGGCCUCUGUGGCAACCACUCAGCUCAGCCACUGGCAUGAACAGCCAUAGAGGUACAACUGUAUGGACUGCUGUUGCAGUAAAACUUCCUUUCCAAAGCAGGUAGUGGCCUAAGUAACCCCUGGUCUUUGGUUACCUAGGAUGCAGACUCAGAGGAAACCAUGCCCUGGGCCUGUGACACAAAGAAAGCUAUCCAGACCCAUGCUGAGAAAGCUGGGCCACACCCCAGAGGUUGCACUCACUCAUAAAAAUGUUCUUUAAAGUUGUAUUUUAGGCCCUCUAUUUUUAUUAAAUUUUACAUGCACAUGUCUGUGUAUUAUGCAGUUUGUCCUUUCCAGAGGAGGAACAGCCAUGAAGAAAUCUCUGCUAAGAACACUGCCCUGUCUUCUGAGAGCUAAGGGCAGAGAUCAGUGAAGGGUGAAAAGAGGGACGAGGUCUGCAGAUACGCACAACUGAUGUCCCCUGCAGCACCAGGGCCUGACCCACCCCUCCAGCAGCACUAGCAACUGGUAAAAUGGACAUUACUGAAUGGAACAUGGAACUUCCUGUACCAUGCUAGUGACCUCAUGACCCUCAGCCACUAGGCAAAUAUAAAUGUGUUCCUUCUGGGAUUUUUUUUGAGACAUUGUUUCAGUCUGUCUGAAAGGCAGUUCAUGCUGGCCUUGAACUCACAGCAAUCUUCCUGCCUCAGCCUUCUAAGUGCUUGAAUGACAGGCAUGAACCACCACCAUGAGCGUGGUUUCAAUUUUUAACUUAGAAGCCACUGUUUCAGCAAAGACACCAACUAGAUGCUGAGCUGUAUGGUGUGGUCAUAUGGUCAACCUAGUCUGUUUCCAAAGCACAGGGUCUAAUGCUUACGGCAUCACAGUCACCUGGUCAGAAGUCACCACUGCUGUUCUCAUAUGUCCUUUCUAAGACUGAUGUGGUCUCUGAAAACACUAAAGUUCAGCCAAACAAAUGAGUCAUAAUGAAAUCUGAGAAUUAUCAGGGUAUAAAGAUUUGCUUCUCUGCCAGAAUAAAAGCAGAAUGAGUUGUGCAGUUUAUCAAUCAAGAUGGGCUCAGCUGACCAUCUAAUCAAGCUCGAGUUUGAGCGCUCACCAGUCCUGUGGGCCAAGAACAGCAGCACAGGUUCAGGGAGAUGACAGCCACUCCAAUGUCACAAAGUGGAAGAAAAACAUGAACGCAGGUGCACAGUGGGCAUCUUCAUUGUUCUGCCCCUCGCCAGAAACAGCCAGACAGACAGACUCCCCUGUCUGCACCAGCUGGGGGCUGCCAGGUGCAAACAGGACACCUUUGAUGUACCUCACUCCCUUGGAGCACUGUUGGCAAACUGCUGCCACUGCAACUCACUGAGUCACAGAGCUGCUUUUCUUUGUAGUCCUGCUGCAGCAUGGGCCUGCAGGAGAGCGCAGAAUCCCCACAACAAAACAAAGCUUUUUAAUAGAAAUAAAUAGUUAGCAGCCCAAAGGAAGCGGUCAUUGGACCAGGCUGUAAAGUGGUCUCUCAACUUUGGCACUAUUUGGGGCUGGAUCACUCUUUGUUUUCAGGCCAUCCUGGACAUUGUAGGGUAUUUUGUAGCAUUCUUGGCCACCACUCAGUACAGCCUAGUAGCACCCCACCCCAGGAUGAUUACAACCAAAGAGGUCUCCAAGUCUAUCAGAUGCCCCAAGGGUCAAGGCUGUUUCCAAGUAAGAGCUGCAGCUUUAUAAGACACUUAAUGUAGGCUAUAUGGGAAGAAUAAGUCCAGGUCUCAGAGGAGUUUCAUGUGGCUGUUAAAAUGCUGCCAAGCACUCAAACUUUGGUUACCAAAGAUGCUUUCUGCAGCACCAGUUCUGUGCAAUUCCCUAAGGAAGGGGAAUGCCCCAGAAGCCACCAGUCCUCCGACCAAACACUCUGCCCUUACAGCCAGGCCUCUACCUCAGAGUACACCCCAUCCCCAUCCCCAGCAUCUCACACGUUCCCCAAUGUGAGGCCCCCACUGGGGUGUAUGGAGAAAUUUCUGUUACGAACCCAAAACCAGUCCUGGGCCUGGACUCACAAAGCAGGGUGACUGUCCAGGAAUACUCCCCAACUCCUCCAGCCUUGGCACGCUCCAAGUCAGCACAGCCCUGCAGCACAGGCCAUGAGCCGCAGACACCAGGCCUGCAGGUGACCAAUGCCCACUGGAAGACAGGGAAAUCAGCUUGCCUGGGCAGGAAAGGCUGGUUCUUCGCCACAGAAACUAUGCAAAACUAAAGCACCCAUCAUUGACCAACUGCCUUUUACUCUGCUGUACACUGAAUGCAAUUAGGAAGUCAUGAGAUAUUUUUGGAUUUGAAACAUGGGUAUUUUUGUAGGAAACCUGCUACUUGUUUUCAUAAAAUAAAGUGCUAUUAUGUACUAAAACCUUA